AUGAUCUUUCGCAGAAUAGUUCUUUUCGCCUUUAUUGGCAAUGCUAUUGCUGCUGCAAUAGUGGAAGGGCGAGCAAAGACCUUCUCCACGAUAAAUUCUUCAAUUAGUUCUUCAACCACAACUUCUUCAUCCACAUCCACAUCUUCAUCUUCGUCCACCACUUCAUCUUCAUCCACCUCCACAUCCAGCAAAAUCCAAACAACAGGCACCCUAACCGCCGACUUCGCCGCCUCUGCCACGGCCGCAACCGCAACCUGCGGCGCUGGAUUCCUUCCCGAAACAGCCACAAACCAAGCGCGUGCCGUCCUUCAGGCCAACACGACCAGUACCUGCGCCACCAUCCAACCAGGCUGGCCUUGUUUCGGGCUCGGUAUGAAGGGCAGCGAGGACACUGUCUCGAGCUUAACGGGUGCUUUUGGAAGUAUUCAAUAUUAUGGAACUAUUGCAUUUUUAUGUAAUUUGAGUAAGGUGCCGAUGAUGAUUUCCGGAUUCGAUGUGGAUGUGUUGGAUGAUUUGAUUUAUGUGAAGCAUUGUGCGAAUUAUACGCCGGCGGCGUUGAUGAGUCCUGGGGAGUGGGUGUAUGGGUAUUUGGAUUGGGAUACGGUGGCAAAGGUUGGACAGAGUAGUGAGUUGUGUACUCAUGUUAUGAGUUCGGUUGUUGCUUAUCCCAAUCCUAUGUCGUAG